CUAACAAACACACCCCCAAAAUUCACAUAUCCAAACCCUAGCCCAUCACACACUCUCUUAUUUCCUACUCCUUUUUAACCAAACACUUGGGUUUCAGUAAAAUUACUUUGACAAAAAAUCUUUGUGGGUUUUUUGCAAAAAAAAAUUGUAUUUUUAUUUGUGGGUUUUUGUUUUAGUACACAAUGGAAGUUGGGAAAUCUUUGAGUUGCUCUGAUUUGCAGAUUAAAUUGGUUUCUUUGUUUGCUGAAACUGUUGUUUCUCAAACCCUCAUGGCUGCUCUCCUUAUGAUGGCACCUCUGCUUAAUGAUGUAAUUACAUCUCCAACAUUGAACGGAAAUGGCCAGAGGUUUGCUUUCUCUGAGCUUCACAGAAAGGACAAGACUGAACCUGAAGCCAAAGACGGAAGUGACACAGAGGAUGACGAUGAUGAGGAUGAGGAUGCAGUAGAGCCAGAUGAUGAUGAUGCUGGAGAUGAGGAUUUCUCUGGAGAAGAGGAGGAUGAUGAGGAGGCAGAUCCUAAUGAUGAUCCUGAGGUGAAUGGUAACCAAGAUGACGAUGAUGACGAUGACGACGAAGAUGACGACGAGGGUAAUGACGACGACGAUGACGACGAUGAUGACGAGGAAGAAGAAGAAGAAGAAGACGAGGACGAGGAAGAGAAGGAGCCACCAACCAAGAAGAGAAAGUAAAAUAUUGGGUAUCCAGUAUCUGAGUUUGAGUAUGUAGUAGGGAGGGUAAGCAUUUUAGCUCUAUCUUGUGGUUUUUCAAGGUGUAGGAUCUUAAUUCAUCAAAAUCGGUUGUUUAGAAUGAUUAAUCGUUUUCGUACUUUGUUGUUAUGGAUAGAUUGGUAUGCAUAUAUUUCAUUCCUUGGGAUGAAUAGUCCUCUGGGAUUUGUGUUCUAGCUUA